UCCACUAGCAGCCUCUCGUGGUCUCCAAGGUCCAAUUCCCAAUUCACGGUCUCCCUGAUUCAACUCCUUCCCACGAGACUAUAAGCAUCAAUGGCAUGACCGUCACAGCGAACGGACUGGUUGUCUCCAUCCUCUGAACGUCGCCCAUCCGUUGCUCGAAACUUAAUGCUUCGCCCACUCCCCAUAACUCCUCUCCAAGAUCCCACCGAGCAAUACCCGCAUCCGAGCCCUUCGCUGCCCCCUGUACCGAAGCACUCACCCAAUCUCUUCAACCAUCACUCCAGCUUCGAGCUCAACUACAGAAACGUCUGCAACCUCCUCCUCUCCAUAACCCGCUCGAGAUCGCUCCCGAAAGGCCUCCAACUCCACGCCCAUAUCGUCAAAUCGGGCAUCCAGACCAUCCCUCUCGUGUCGCACCACCUCAUCAACUUCUACUCCAAGUCUCAGCUACCCUUCUGUUCCCGCCAAGUUUUCGAUGAGGCUCCGAGGAAAUCGGCCACGACUUGGAGCUCGAUCAUUUCGGCGUUUGCCCAGAACGAGUUUCCGUGGCAGGCCGUCGAGUACUUUCGUGGAAUGGUUAGUGGGUGCGUUUUGCCUGACGAUCACAUAUUCCCGAGUGCCACCAAGGCUUGUGCGAUUCUGGGUCGGUGUGACGUCGGGAGGUCCGUCCAUUCUUUGGCGGUCAAGACCGGGUUUGAUGUCGACGUGUUUGUGGGGAGCUCCCUGGUCGAUAUGUACGCGAAGUGUGGUGAAGUGAGGGAUGCGCGGCAGAUGUUUGAUGAAAUGCCUGAGCGGAAUGUGGUGUCUUGGAGCGGGAUGAUUUAUGGGUAUGCUCAGAUGGGAGAGGAUGAAGAAGCGUUGGUUUUGUUUAAGCAAGCUCUGCUGGGGGAUUUGGACGUUAAUGAUUUUACUUUCUCGAGUGUUCUUCGUGUUUGCAGUAAUUCUACUCUGCUUGAAUUGGGGAAGCAGAUUCAUGGCCUAUGUUUCAAGACCAACUAUGAUUUGUCGAGCUUCGUUGGCAGUUCUCUAAUCUCAUUAUAUUCUAAAUGUGGGGUCAUCAAAGAAGCUUAUCAAGUUUUUGGCGAGAUACCUGUGAAGAACCUUGGCAUGUGGAAUGCGAUGACGAUUGCCUGCGCUCAGCAUUCGCACACGCAGAAGGCAUUCCAGCUGUUUAAACAGAUGGAGAGUUGUGGGAUGAAGCCAAAUUUCAUUUCUUUUCUGAGCAUCCUCUAUGCUUGCAGUCACGCGGGGCUUGUUAGAGAAGGUGAAUACUAUUUUGAGCUAAUGAAGAAGUAUGGCAUUGAACCGGGGCAUCAACAUUAUAGUUCAAUGGUGGAUUUGCUUGGCCGAGCUGGAAAACUGGACGAUGCUCUAUCUCUAGUCAACAAGAUGCCCAUUCCGCCUACGCAAUCUGUGUGGGGUGCUUUCUUGACCGGUUGCCGUAUUCAUAAUAAAACCGAACUUGCAGCCUUGGCGGCUGAUAGGGUCUUGGAACUUGGCUCCGUGAGCUCAGGCCUGCAAGUGUUGUUGUCCAAUGCUUAUGCAGCUGCUGGAAGAUAUGAAGAAGCAGCCAAAGCUAGAAAAAUGCUCAGAGACCAAGGGGUGAAGAAGGAAACGGGUUUAAGUUGGGUUGAAGAAGGCAACAGAGUCCACACAUUCACUUCUGGGGACCAAUCUCAUGCAAAAGCCAAAGAGAUCUAUCAGAAACUGGACGAGUUGGGGGAGGAAAUGGAGAGGGCCGGUUAUGUUGCGGACACGAGCUUCGUGUUGCAAGAGGUGGACCGAGAAGAGAAGAAUCGGACUAUCCGGUACCACAGCGAGAGGCUCGCCAUCACCUUCUGUCUGAUCACAUUCCCACCGGAGAGGCCGAUAAGGGUCAUGAAAAACUUGAGAGUGUGCGGGGAUUGCCACUCGGCGAUCAAGCUCAUGUCGAAGUGCACCGGAAGAGCGAUCAUAGUGAGGGACAAUAACCGGUUCCAUCGUUUCGAGGACGGCAAAUGCUCGUGUGGGGACUACUGGUGAUUUAGACAGCAACGAAUUAAGUUAUAAAAGAAAAGAAAGUAAAGAGCAUACUUUUUAUUUUUUAUUUAUUUUUGGGGUAGCGAUCAUCUCUGGAUACAAAUUUUCCAUUGGAUUCAACUGUUUUCUUCCAGUUUUGUUUUGAUUUUUCGGGCGACAUUGGCCGGUGGGAUGGUGGGUUUGGUUGGGAUUGGUUAGUUGAGCGGGUUGACUUUCGAUUCGGACCAGGUGGGAAGCUUCGGUAAAGGGUUAGAUGCUGUCGGACCGGUCGGUAUGAUAGCGGGGUUUGUUGUCACUUGUCCAUCUCCCACUGUCCAGUCAUUGGCUCAUUGCGGUUUCGUC